CCGAAUUUAAUUUCAGCCAGAAUUAUCCUCGUCCCCCAUCCUUAUCCAAAACCCAAAAUUAAAAUUUAAAAUAGAAAAUAAUAAGUAGAUAAAUCCUCAGCCAAUUGAAAUUUUGGCAUAUUCUUCAUUUGGCUCCUUUUAUAAAAUCUGAUUCCACUUGAGACUUCCCUGCAAAAUAAAAAAAAUCCCCAAAACAUCUCUCCAUUUUUGGCGUCUCGUAGAAUCGGUUGCUCGGGAUUUAGGAGGUUUAUGUAUAUGUGGAUAUAAUGUUAUGUGAAAAUCUAUAAAGCUCGUCAGACGCGGUACUCUGUGUUUACUGAUUAUCGUGUAUCCUCCGGAGUCGUCAUUGAGUGAUUGUGGUAAAGGCAGAACAACUGUUUACUUCCAUCAUGAAGUACUUGGAAUAUACUCCUCUGGACCGAAUAAAUGAUUUCUUGAACCAUGUAAAUCUUGGAGAACGUACUAUCAAAGGAUGCCUGGAAGCUUACUCAUGCAAACAUACAGGAACAGAUAAGAAGUUGUCUCUCAGCCUGGAGAAUGAGAUUCUUGAUCACCUUGCAAAGUCAUCUGAUACCGACUCCUCACCAAUUGAAUAUCUUUGUAGUAGAUCGAGCCGGAAGACACUGGUUUAUCUUCUUUUAACUCUUCAUCACAUGUAUCCGGACUACGACUUCAGUGCAGUGAGAGCUCACGAGUUUUUCACAGAAGAAAGCUGGGACAGUUUUAAGCAGAUUUUCGAUGUUUAUAUGUUUGAAGCCUCAAAGGAGUGGCUCGAGGAGAAUGAAGGAGGAUCCCUACUUGAGGCCUUGUACAAAGCCUUAGAUGAGGUUGUAAAACUAUCAGAAUGUGAAGUUUACAGUUACAAUCCCGAGGCUGAGGCAGACCCACUCCUUGAGAAAAGAGCUAUAUGGUCAUAUCAUUUCUUCUUCUACAACAGAAAGCUUAAGCGUGUCGUAAGCAUUCGUUUUAGCUGCUCAAGCAACUUGAUGAGUGAAGGCUUUUAUGAUGACGAGUUGAGUUACGAGGAGGAUGGCGAAAUUUUUGAUGACAUGGACAUGUAAACGAGAAACCACUGGAAGCCGAUCCUUGGUAUUGCUAAUUAAAGAGCUUUUUAUCAACGUACUCUCGUGUAAGCAUAUGGAUAUAUAAUAGUAGGCGUGGAAUGUGUUUUUAUGUAUAUGUGGUUGUUAAUAUUUUACCCCUUUCUUGCUUGUAAACACGGUAGUAAGGCUGCAGAUGACUCGUUGUGCCUGUAUCGAGUUUGAUACUUGAGACUCUGCGUUUGUUUGUAAAGUUUGAGAUUCAGAGGUUGUGAAUGUCAUGAAAUCUUCGAAGUUGGUGGUGUCACAUUUUUUGUCUCAAGAGUUAUAAUUUUCGUCCGAAAAAAUAGGAAUUGGUAUUUGAUGGCUAUUUUGAAAAAUAGCUAUUGUAAGAAUUUAGUAGGGUAUUUCGAUAAGAUGUGUGAGAAUAAGAGGAGAUGUGGAAAUAAUUUUCUUUCAUACCAAUGCUGGUAUCUAGUACAAGUAUUAUGAAAGUUAAAAUAAAAUUUAAAUAUUUGUAUUUGGAAACAAGGUAGCUUAGAUAUAUGAGGGGAAGUUAUUGGCUUAUUUCUCUUCGAAAGUGAAUGUAAGGAUAACGAAUGGAAGACAAAAUAGUAUUUGUCUUGAUUUUACAAUCCCAAAAACACACUGAUGUCUCUUUUAAAUUUAUGUAACCGACUCACUUUUAUAAUAUAUAAUCUAGUUUAAUUCUAAUGACUCUUUAACUUCAGCCUCCAUUUUUGACUUGGUAUUUCUCGAAUGAGCACCAAUAUUUCAACAAAAUCUCAUCACUCUGCAGUGCGCACACAAUCCUUUUCAUUUAAAAUAUUUGAGCCACAAUGGAUAGAAAAACAUAAUAUUUUUUCACAAAUUAUGCUAUUGCAUGCCAUAUACAUUACCAUCCUCUGCUCUUAUCCACCACAUUCUUUCAGAGAAAAAUGGAAAAGGGAGAAAAAGGAAAGAA